AAUCCGUAACGAGCAACAGUCAUCACACAGCGUUGUUCCAGUGUUUAACUUCACUGCACCCAAUUCCAUUCUCAGGACUAACAAAAAAUUUGAAUACAAAAAUAUGAACUGCGUUGCCGUUUUUGUUUUCAUCGCAUCCCUGGCCGCGUGCUCCGCAGAUGUUUCCCAUUUGUCGUUAUCCCGUAGCUAUUUGCCACCCCUGAGCGUUGCCAGCGGCUAUGCCUACUCAUCGUAUCCCUCGUAUUCGGGUAGCGCAUAUUCCGGUAGUAACUACUACUCGGGAUCUGGAGGUGUCGGCUCUGGUUAUGGUGCUCCACUAGCCACGUCCGGAUACAACAGCUAUGCUUAUAACAAUGGGUAUAACAACUAUGCCACGCCCUCUCGCGCCUAUCUGCCAGUUGCCACAAACUAUGGCUACAAUGGCCUGGACACCAAAUACGCUGCCAAUGGUGGCUAUAUCUAUUAAUAUUGGAUCAGCACUGUCGAUGAAAUCCUUAACCUACAAGAAGUGCCACAAAUAACACGUUCGCAUGUAAUUUAACAUUUUUUUUUUGUAUAACUGUAGAUAUGAACAUUUAACUUUGUAUAUUAACGCCUAAUUGCCAAUAUUAUUAACAAAUAUAUUCGAGAAAUUCAAUAACAAAACAA